GUAGCAAAGGGGCAGGCGAGCCCGAAUUUCUCCGGGAGAAAGACAGGUGUCGCGGAAGUUUACACUCGCAGCUGCGCAUCCCUCCGCGUCUUUUUGUUUGACCAUUGUCUGGGAUAACGUGGAAGAGACCGUAGCUGGCGGUCACCCGGCACCCGCUGAUCCCGUGGUUGUCUCUGCCUCGGGCCCCCAGAGCAGCAGUGCCUACGCGCGUCCUCGUCCUCCUCUCUUGGACCAGCAGCUCGGCGCGGCCAGGCCAGGAAAGAUGGGCCGGAAGCUGGACCUGUCGGGCCUGACUGACGAUGAGGCGGAGCACGUCUUGAAAGUUGUCCAGCGGGAUAUGAAGCUGCGAAAGAAGGAGGAGGAGCGGCUGAGCGAGAUGAAGCAGGAGCUGGCGGAGGAAGGCAGCAGAUGCUCCAUCCUCUCCAAGCAGCACCGCUUCAACGAGCACUGCUGCAUCCGCUGCUGCGCGCCCUUCACCUUCCUGCUCAAUCCUAAGCGCCUGUGCUUGGACUGCCAGUACAACGUCUGCAAGACCUGCUGCGCCUACAACAAGAAAGACAAAGCGUGGCUCUGCUCGGCAUGCCAGAAGGGCAGGGUUUUAAGGACACAGUCUCUUGAAUGGUAUUACAACAACGUGAAGAGUCGCUUCAAGAGGUUCGGCAGCGCCAAGGUUUUGAAGACCCUGUAUAGAAAGCACAUUAUAGAGAGAGGAGCGCUCUCUGAUCUCCCAGAAAGCAGCGUUCACGAGGGAAGCAACGACAACGAUGGCAGCAUCUGUGGCAGCGACUCCGCCUUCUAUAAACAGAGUGAAGGACACAGCAUGGCAGAGACGCUCACAGUCGCCCUGCGCGUCGCUGAGGAGGCUAUAGAGGAGGCCAUCGCUAAGGCAGAGGAGUUCAGUGACAGCUUGGAGAAGCAGAAUGAGGCUCGGUAUCUGCAGGACCAUAAAGAGGAGCUCAUAGAGGAACUUGCCACGACAAUUGUACAAAAAAUCAUCCAGAGGAGGAAGCGUUCGGAGAUGCAGACGGAGUAUGACUCUGUCUGGCCUCAGACUCAUUCCCCGAUCCAGCCCAGCGAGCUCCCCUCUCCGUCUCAGCCUCAAGCUUCCUCUGUAGGACCACAGGACCCCAACAAAGCCUCCUACUCCCUCUGGCGGUCCCGCUCAGCGUUCUCCCUCACCAGCGAAGACUCCCCGGAGAAGGGUCCAGAGGAGGAGGCAGCCGGGGCGGGCGGCGGCUUGCAGGAGUACGCUUCUCUGAAGAGGGAGGCCAAGGCGGCGUCCAUACCCACCUGGAAGAGUGUCGACCGCCUGGACAACUCCAGUGCGUCCUCAGUGCUCCAGAGCCCAGACGGCAACUGGAUCGCCGUGCACAGCUCCCAGCUGUCUCGGCCCAGCCUGCUAACCAAGAGGAAGAGCCUGGUGUUCAGCGUGUUGGAAAAGGAGUCGGGCGUCGUGUCCGCCUACGACGGGAUGGGAUCGGACUCGGAGGAGAACGACGAGGGCGGCUGGGGUGCCGCGCUGCGACAGUUCCGCCGCAAGCUGUCCGAUGAGACUUACUACACGGACUCGCAGCACGACCCGGAGUGGACGUACACCCAGCACCUGCCCGUUACCUCGCCGUCCUCCGGCCAGUACACCAACACGGAGACCCUCAACUCUGACUCGGAGGCCUCGUCGGUGCCGCCGGCGUGGCCUCGCAAACCGCCGCACAACCUGCUGAGGAGGAGAGGGCCGCCGGACACACACCUGCACCCGCAUCACCAGCCGCUCUACCACCAACACCAACACCAGAACGUCUCUCCGUACCCGCUGCACUCGGAGGCCCUGGACGUCAACUUUAACCCCAAGGUCACGGGGGACAGCAGCGAGGCUGAGGAGAAGCAGAGUGAUCCGGUCAGAAGAUCGCGGCGACGCAGGAAAAGCAAGAGAGAGUCAGCGGCAGAGCAGAGCAAAGCUGGAGGCCACAGCUACCCAGAGUCCAUCUACCCUCUAGUGCAGGAGAACAGUGGUUUUCUACUCAAUGCCCUUCUUAAGAGGGGUUUGAGUCAGGAAGAGUCCGCACCUGACACUAUGCCAGCGGCCACAGCGGCGCCAGACACCUUCAAAUUAGAUGCCAUUACACCCGAGCAGGAGGACUUGGACACAGUGGCCCCAAAUUGGUUGGCCCCCGCCCCUCCACAGCCCCACUCUCUGCCUCCGGGGUCCCAGCCGUCGGCCAGCAGCCCAGGGCCGGGAGGCCCCCUGGAAGAGGAGCUACGAUGCAGACUGAGCCCCUUUGUCAGACGCGCCAAAGGCAGAGACAGCAGCUCGUCCGAGGACGACGGCGAGGCCCGGAGAGAGAAGACGAGGCCAAAAGACGCUGAACGAGAAAGGCCAAAGGGAAGUGACAGGUUAAGAGACAGGACCAGCGGAGGGGAAAUGGAGGCGGCGAGUGACACGGCAGAAAAAGUGAAUGGACAAGAGACGAAAAGAAGGGAGAGACUGAUGAAGAGUCCCUCGCUGAGAGAGGAGGGAAGAGUCAGGGAGAAGAGGUUAGAGAUGGGAGUAGAGUGUUUGGAGGAGGGUGGAGACGACCGGGAGCAAAAGAGAGAGCCGAGCAGACAAAGCAAGAGACAACAUAAAAGAGAUGUGAAGAAAGAGACGGGACAGAAAGGGGCAGUGAGACGGAGUGGAUCCAGCGCAAGUUCCCCUGCUGUUACACCUUCUUCCCACGAGGGGGAGCUCUCAGACAACCAGGAGGGACAGAAUGACUUGGAGCAACGGCAAAGGCUUGGGUUACAGCAGCAGAAGCACUCGGCAGCCUCCCUCUGCAGCAUCACCACCGAGGUGCUGAAGGUCUUGAACGCCACAGAGGAGCUGAUCGGUGAGGCAGGAGGCGGGAGACACAAUCCCUCUGAGUCUGCCAGCGCUUCUCCCUUCUCCAACAGCUCCGAGACCCGCAAGCUGGACCAAAGGCUGACCAAGAUGGAGGAGAAUGUGUACCUGGCUGCUGGGGCGGUGUACGGGCUGGAGGGGGCGCUGGGGGACCUGGAGCAGUGCGCCCGCGGCAUAGAGAGUGGCACCGCAGACACAGAGCUGGCCUUCCUGGAGGACCAGGUGGCCACCGCCGCUGCUCAGGUUCAGCAGUCAGAGCUGCAGAUUUCCAACAUCGAGGCUAGGAUUUCAGCUCUGAAAACCGCUGGGAUGAAUGUGGCUGUCUGCAAUCAUUUCUCCAAGUUCAAGCCAAAGGCCAAGCCUCAGACCCUGGACUCAUCACGCCAUCAAAGGAGGAAGCUUCCAGCCCCUCCACUGAAAGAAAAGUUGGAGCCCGAGCAGCCGGUUAAAGUGUUUCGGCCAUAGUUAGAGUCAGCAGCACAACGAGUCCGUCGGGGCCCGCUUUGAGAGCCCCAGGGGCCCGGGGGGCCGUCUCAUCCAGUGCCUUGACCCAGCGUCCGCCUCCAUCUCCAGGCCAAGCACCCGCCCUGAGAGACCCGCCAAGCACCCAGCCGGGCGCGGUACCCCGGCAGGAAACGAGUCGCAGAAGGGAUGACUGUCACUUUCCUCUUCAUUCUCCAUCAUGAUUGUCGUCGCCACGCACAUGGUGUCAAGAAAGGAUGACUCAGCAGUUUGUGUCUCUGCCUUAAACAUGUGUAAAAGCUCAUCGUGAGCCAAUUGAAAAAGAAUAUCUGUACAGACAAAAUUAACUCUGGUUUCCUUUUUUUUCUAUCUGUUUGCAAGAGUAUUGUGAUUUACUGUCUAAUGAAGACGUGGAAAAACUCAUGUGAUUUCUGUGAUUCAGUAUCCCAAAAAGAGGCUGAGCCGUGUUUUAUACUGCAUCUUGAGCGGAGUGUCAUGAGGAAUUUCAUCAUACCACUCUGAGCUCUUUUGGGUGAUUCAGCGUGUUCACACAUACACACAGCAAGAGGAAAGUAAUCGUCAUUUGAGAAGCUAUUUGAAAUGAAUUUUAACCAUUUUAAGGAGUCAUGCACAGAUAAUAAGUGUCAUGCACAGAUAAUAAGUGUCAGAUAAAAAUCAAAGGGCCAAAAUAAUUUUAGCUAGAUGGCAAUAAUGGAACCCAAAAGCACACUUGAGAACUUUGUGGACAAAGUCAACUUUGUCAAAAGAAAAAUAGGCGGAGGAAUAAUUCAGAGUUAGUUUUUUUGCCACGAGUUAGAGCAGUAUGUGAUGUCAUGUCUUCACGGUGAAUAGGUCGGCUGUUAGCUCAGCCUAUCAGGAAGGUUUUCCUGUUAACAACAGGAAAACAGCGAGCUCGACUCUGUGGGUCAAACAUUUUAGAACCGAACUAAAGUUCACUGAUUAAACCCCAUAUUUUUUGUUUAAAUUGUACAAAAAGGCAGAUAUUGUUGCCUCCAGAAAUGGCUCAGCAAGCUGUUGAUUCUUAUGUUCUCCCCAAAGGCGUAAAGCUCAGCUGGUGAGCAGUUUUUUUUUUAAUGUAAGCCACGGACAAAAAGUGGCAUCAGUUUGAUCAUCUAACUCUUGGCAAGAAAGUGAAAUGCAUAUGUCCCAUAAUAUCAAACGUUUCCUUUAAAUAAACGCUAAAAGAUUAACUGGAGAAGUAAUCUCCCUUUUAUUUAGAAAAGGGAAACCACUUACAAUUAGACACACACACAAACUACAGCCUUAAUGUGGAAACUUUUACAUUGAAAUUAAUAAAGUAAGGUCAAUGUCAGACUAACUGCUGGACACAAGCCUUUGUUUGAUAUUCAGGUUUUGGUCUGACAGCCUUCUGUUGUGCAGUUUUCUUCAAUCCAAAGUAUUUUAAUUUGUUUACUUUCAAACAUUGUGGCCUUUUGUUUGAAUGAAAAGGUGUUUUUUAUGUUUCCCCUUUGCCGGAUCAUGUCCGAAGUUUUGUGUUACAUCUUGUAAAGAUUUUUACAUAAUGAAUAUUGACAUACUAUAUAACAAAUGCCAUGAAACCAUGAUUUUGUUACAAGCAAUUUAUUUUUCUACUUAACAUUUUUAUGCAAUAACACGGAUAUAAGUACUAUUGCAAAUCAAAGGCUUUAUUCUCUCCUCAAAGGAGCCCUCCUCGGUCAGUCCUAUCAGACUCUCGUGUGAGAUGACUCAACGUGCUUUCAGCGUAUGCCUGCAUUUACCAUUCGAUAUUCUGCCACUAACGAAGAUGGUAAAUGUUACUAAAAACACAGGCGACAAGACAACAGGCAUGUUUGGAGCGGCUUGUACGAUUCAUACUGUAUUUGUACUCCUUAAACACUAGAAUACUGCCUUUCAUUUUGGGGGUUAUUUUUCUUUACUCUGUCACACAUGAGUCAGUUAUCAGUUUGCCAUGCAUACUAGUACUAGUCAAAGUUUCUGCUGUGGAAGAGCAAAGUUGAACAGAAAGGUGUGAUCUUCCGUAUGAACGCUCCGCCCCUUCUAUUACUGACCUUUCACGUUUUGCACAUUGAUCUUUUUACUUUUGCUGCCGCAGGUGUUGAUGUAUAAAAGCAUGUUUCUGGUUUUAUCAAAAAUCUAUAUAAGAUUUUCCUCGAGAAGCACAGCCAAAACGGUCCAAUCAUCAGUGUCCAGUAUUUUUCUAAUGUAAAGAAAAAAUAUAUCUCAUCACAGAAUUUAUUAAUAUAUGUAUAUGUGUGAAAAGAUAGAUAUGAUAUAGAAUUAUAUGUGUAUUGCCCAAUCUUUCAGUGUUGUGUGCAAGAGGCUGUGUAUAAUUGUCAUGACUUGUAGGGCUGGAUUCACACAGGAAGUCCAAUUUAACAUGUAACUGUGUCCCAGAUAUUCACAAAGAGCUAAAAACUGAUCUCACUUUUGUUCCCGUUUAAAUCCAGUGUGAAUGACUACAAUGUGAUUCACUGUGCACAGCUCCACAGGCGGCCACUUCAGUGGGCAAUCGUAUGGUGCAAUCCAUAUGUUGGGUGAAAUACUAACAUGCAAAAAAUACAGUUUCUCUAUGUGCUACAGUACUCCGAGAUAAAAAUGUAUUAUGAAAUGAAUAAAAUUUACAAACGUAAA